CAGCCGGACUGGACAGUCUAUUCCAGUCCGGACCGCGGCGCCGCGCAGAGCAGCGCAGAGCAAUGCGACUGGGGUUGGCGGCGUCCACUACGCGUCCUCUGCUGCCCGUCGUGUGCAUCCCCGCCGUCGCGGACUCGACGCGAGUGUCCGAGCCCGGUGUCCUCGCCACCGAACCCCGGCUUGCCUACGCCUAGAUCCCGAGCAGAUGGUGCAGCAGGCACGCCCCGCACCAUGAGACGCCCGCUGGCGGCGCUGCUGCUGGUGCUGCUGCCUGCCAUAGUGUUUGGCGGCGUCGGCGAGGCCUUCGAGGAUGACGUCCUGGAGGACCAGGAUCAGGGCCAGCACGACAAGGAGGUUGGCGGCUUCAACGGACAUUCUCUAGUCCUCGACCUGAGCUCGCUGGGCUUGCUGGCGGCCCUCAAGAUCAAGUUCGUGGUGGUGCUGCUGGUGGCGCUGGCCGUGUUCCUGCUCCUCACCAAGGGCUACAAGACGCAGUGCCUGUUCGGCAACUGCCGGCCCAACUACUCCACCUACGGCUACUACCCCUACGUGGACUACACCUACAUGGGCUACGAGCUGCCGGCCAACGCGGCCGCGUACCGCCGCCCAGGGUCCGGAGGGGUGGCCGUCGUCCAGGGGGUGCCGGGAGUGGUGGCCAAAGACUCGCACCACCUCUCCGACCUCACGGCCCGCGUAUGGAACAGCAUCGACUUGGCGAACAUGGCGUUCGGUGCGCUCAACAUUCAGGAGGAGGACUGCAGGCGCAAGCUGGUGUGCCAGGCCGACAGGGCCGCCGCCAGCAACCCCCUGCUGCGCGCCGCAAUGUCCUGGCUCAACCUGGCGCGGUACAGGGCGGACAGGCCCCGCCUCAGCGCGGACCAGGCCGGCGACGACCUGGGCGGCGACGCUAGCGUACAGUGGCGCCAGGAGGACCCCUGCGAGGAGAUGUACCCCCUGUGCCUGCACCGUGACCUGCCGGCAGCCCUGGGUGGCCCGAGCAGGCCCAGCGUCUUCCUGAACCACCACCAUGACCUCCACCAUCACCACCACCAGCCCCACCAGCACCUCGACCACGGCGACCACGGCCCGGGGCAAGUUGUCGACUUGCCCACGGAGCAGUGGCAGCCGAUGGGGUACCGUCCCGAGUACCAAUACACGUUCUACCCGACCUACAGCCCCGCGUACGGCUCCACGUACAGGGAGCCCAUCAGGGAGCCAUUCAGAGAAGAGGACGAGUCCUCACUCACUUCCCCUUCGGAUUCACCGGUCCCUACGUUGGCGGCGACAUCGCUACACGAACAGCCUUCCGCCAACGCCGUCCUGGGGCCCGACUUGCCCGACUUGAUCCUGGGCAGCGCGACGGCGACGUCCGCAUCCGUGCUGGCGGGGGGUCACGACGGUCACGACGGCGCCACAGCCACCUCGACGUCCACGACGACUUCGACAUCGACGCCUUGGCUGGAAGUGUCGACCAGCACCACGGCGUCAGAGAACACAGAGAGCCCCCCGGAACCGCGGGCACCGAGCCGCACCAACGUGGACCCCGCAGGGGGCACAGCAGGAGGCACCGAGCCCCCCAAGGCCAAGGCCGGCGCCAACCUGGUGUGGCGGCGGAUGCACUUCGGGGCUACCGCAUCCAGCAAUCGGACCAAACUGCAUGCCGACUGAAUGUGGCAACGUGAACUGAUCCACCUCGUACUAUUUUGACGAAUUAAGGUGAUAACCGAAACUGUAUUAUGUUUCUCUGACUUCCCUCCCUGACCGGCGUUCAAUAGCUGACAUUACUCCUAAAAAUUUCGACGCCUCAACAUCGGCAUGGGAUAAUCAGAGCCAAGAAAAUUACCAGGCUUAUUUCAAUCUGUGGUGGGUGAUAUGGAUUGUACUACCUAUGUGUGGUUAUUUAUACCUACUGCCAUAUUUCAGAGGAACUUUUGUAAAUAAUGAAACGCUAGUUAAACA